AGUACUCCGUCCAUCUGGCCCAGUACUAGUAAUCGGAAGAUAAGCAGCCCAUUACCAAAGCCCUGUCCAUCACUUCGCCCCAUCCAGAAAGACGACGGCCAAUCGAAAGCCCGAAAAGGAGGAAGAACCGAACUAGCGAAGAAAAGGACGCGGGGCACCAUGGCGACGGCACAGGCAGCGUCGGCGUCCCCAACCCACCACCGCGCGUCUCCAGGGAUGUCGCCGCCGCAGCCGCCGUACCCCAGCGCCGCCAGGAUCGCCGACUCCGCCUGCUUCCCCCAGUACACCGCCUCGCUCAAGUGUUUGGAGGCCAACCAGGACAAGACCAAGUGCCAGCAGCAGUUCGACGAUUACAAGGAAUGCAAGAAGAAAGAGAGGGAGGCUCGGCUGGAACGGAAUAAAACCAGAUCACUCUUUGGGUGAACAAUGGCGUCCCACCUGAGCAAUAUGCUGGCGGUGCAAUAAGUCUCCUGCUGAUGUGAGCGAAAUCACGGCUUUUUUCUUUGGUUUCAUGAUGAUCCUCUGCAACUUGUGCAAGGUAGGGAAUAGAAAUACCGAUCUCGAGAUUGAGGGAGAUGUAAGGGCGUCUGGGAACAGCUCAUUAACACAAUGGCUACGGUGAAUGAAUCGAAUGAGCGAGGAUGUAUUUUGAGAACAACCAGGCGUCAUGAAACGACAGUUUGUUCAAUAAAUUUGUAUUCCACCCCUGUAACGAUUGUACUUCAAAAUAUUUCCAUGUGUUCUUAGCUGCCUUGCAUCCAGCUUUUUCGA